AUGUGUGGCGGCAAGAGAGCAGACGCUGCGGGCAUCCUUAAGCACCAGGGCAGCGUGCUACAGCGACCAACUUGGCUGACAGCCUCAGAUAGAGUGGGCCGCUUCCAUAAGAACACCGUCAUCGAUGAUCCCCUUAGAGAAAUAUCAGUGACACGUUCGUGCGCCAUUCUGUCGUCGCUGUGCACGGAGUUCCUGUCGGUGAACGUGUCAGCCAUCCUGUACCUCAUGAACUACGAGAAGUACGGCCGCAGCACGGCGUCCGCACAGUACUUCCUGCAGCUGGCUGGAUACCUCGGCAUCCCGGUCAUCGCCUGGAAUGCCGACAACUCCGGUCUCGAGCGGAGAGCGUCGCAGUCGAGCCUGCAGCUGCAGCUGGCGCCGUCGCUGGAGCACCAGACGGCGGCCAUGCUGAGCAUCCUGGAGCGCUACAAGUGGCACCAGUUCUCCGUCGUCACCAGCCAGAUCGCCGGACACGACGACUUCGUGCAGGCGCUGCGCGAGCGCAUCACCGAGAUGCAGGACCGCUUCAAGUUCAACAUCCUGAACACGAUUCUGGUGACAAAGCCGGGCGACCUGCAGGAGCUGGUGAACUCAGAGUCGCGCGUCAUGCUGCUCUACUCGACGCGCGAGGAGGCUGUGCACAUCCUGAAGGCUGCUCGCGACCUCAAGAUCACAGGCGAGAACUACGUCUGGGUGGUCACGCAGAGCGUCAUCGAGAACCGCGAGACGCCCUCGCACUUCCCCGUCGGCAUGCUGGGUAAGUCGGCACUCCGGCCCUGGCGCCAGCGCUUCCUGCCGCCAUCGACAGAUGUCGUCCGGCCAAAACAGUAUUUGUCUUCUGAUAAACAGGUAAUGGAUAAAGGGUAG